GCAGGCGAUGGAUUCCGCGCAGUCGCGCCGCGCCGCCCGCCCGAGUGCCUCGCAUGUUCACCCGCGGUGGUAACGUCACGACCACACUCGCUGUGAGAAAACCUAGAAGUAGCGACAUCGUCUCACAACAAUAACACGCGCGGAGCACGAACUGUACAUCGUAUUGACUCCUAAUGUCCAAGUGCCGGUUGUAAGUGCAGUGGUCGUGCUACGUGGACAUCGUCUGAUCGCGGCCCGACAUGUGAAAGAUAAAGCCUUUGUGACAGCCGGCCAGCGACAUGUGGCGCGACGGAAAUACACGAAAAAUGAAAUAAUAAGGGUGACCGGUGACCCCCGGCAUGAGGUCGGGGGAGGCGGGCGAGGGCUCAGAACUGGCGGAGUUUGGCGCGCGCUGGCCACCGCCCUAUACCCAGGGCUAUGGCUGGCGCUCCGCCACACCGCAGCACCCGCCGGCGCAUCAUCUCGCGCGCCACUCACGCUCGCAGCAGUGGUUACAGGACAGUAGGCACACUAGCUACGAGGCAGAGGACGCACGAGCUCGGACGCGAGGUGGCGUCUAUUACUCCCCGCCGGGCACUUCAUACACCAUCGUGGAGAGGCCAGCCUCUUCACACGGCCACCACGCCCCAUACUCACAACAUCACUACUCUGGCAAGCUUUCGCGGACGCCUUACCUUGGAUCUACCACUAUUGCCAACAGCGCAGCAGGAGCGUCUAGCUUGCGAAAUAGCACGAAUCAUUUGAGUGCGGCGAAUGGCAAGAAACGUCCGAUAUCUCCAGAACAAGUGCUGCGGUUGUUUGGACAGGGCGGUGCCGCGGCACUGGGGAAGGCACUGCCGCCAUCACAUCCCCCAGCGCCAUUACCAGCGCCCCUCCCCGCCAGGAGACAUUCGCCUGCCAGUAGUCCGAGCAGCACCACGCACCAUGCGAUAUAUCGCGGUGGCGCCGAGCGUGACCGUGAGCGGCCAUACUCGUCGGGGGGCGCGCCGCCGCCGCCGGCGGAGCCUGCUACGCGGACUGUCACCAUGAGCCGUGACCCAGCCGACUCGCACGGGUUCGGCAUCUGCGUGAAAGGUGGCAAGGAGGCAGGUGAGCCUGGUGGUGUCGGCGUGUAUAUAUCGAGAGUGGAGGAGGGCUCGGUGGCGGAGCGCGCAGGGCUGCGCCCCGGAGAUUCCAUACUUCAGGUCAAUGGGACGCCCUUUUCAGGGAUUUCACACGAGGAUGCGUUGAAGGAUGAUUGUCAUCAGAUGCUGAAGUCCUGUCGUCAACUGACGAUGACGGUGCGGACAGCAGGUGCGCUUGUUGGCCGCGCAUCUUGUUCAUGGAUGGACCGGUACGGAAGGCCAGCGUCGCCGCCGCCGGUGCGUCCACCACGUUCCGCCAGCAAGGAUCGCUCGAUACGAAGGGUGGACCUUUGCAUCGAGCCGGGUCAGUCAUUAGGACUGAUGAUUAGAGGAGGUCUAGAAUACAAUCUCGGCAUUUACAUCACUGGGGUCGACAAGGAAUCUGUAGCUGAUAGAGCUGGACUAAUGGUGGGGGAUCAGAUCCUGGAGGUGAACGGGCAGUCAUUUGUAGACGUAACUCAUGACGAAGCUGUCGCACAGCUCAAGUACCACAAACGUAUGUCGUUACUGGUCCGGGACGUGGGGAAAGUGCCUCACGCUUGUACCGCGUAUGGGGAACGAGAUGCUGCGCCAAGAAUAAGCGGAUGGGGCCGAAGAAGAGGCGCAGCGGCGGUGGCUGUGGAACAGAAAGCGAGGUCGUUGUUACCACAGAGCGACCUGCCUGCUCUAGCGUACUACAUGGAAGAGUACGCUACCAGGAGGCUCACCCCUGACGCCUUCUUAACUGUAUUGAGGGAUCUACUCGAUACACCACAGAAGUACACUCUCCUAACAGAGAUUAGGGAGUUCAUGCUUCCAGAAGACCGGCCCAGAUUCGACGAGCUAGUAUAUAGACGCGGAGAGGAACCUGUCGACCAUCAUCUUAAGCGUGGGAGCGAACGGCAUAUGCUACCCUCCUCGACGAUGCAUGAGUUGCACGACCCGGAGGGGCCGGCGGAGGCACCUCUCGUGGCCGAUCAUCGCUCGCCCUCCGAAGACUCCGGGUUGGGCCUGCCACCGCACGACCAAAGUUACAGGAGCGGGCGGGCGUGGCGGGCGGCCGCCGACGCGCCGCAGCCUGAUGACGACCUGGAGCCACCGCACGAGGAAUACGAAGAGGAGGGACGACGUUCACGCCGGCAUUCCUCCCCCUGCAACUCCAGAGAGGGUAGCACCACUGCGCUACAUACGCAGCACUACGACGAUGCUGAACUGGCACACAAGUUAUCAAGAAGUUUCGAUAUGAAAGAGGAAGGAGGUGCGCUUCUUGAAGAUAGAGGGGGUAUUCGCAGACACCAAUCGAUGCAGCGAUUGCAACAUGGCGAAACCCAAAUGGAUGAGGGUCGGGCAGCGCGUGUAGUACAUGACCAUCACGGCAAUCUGCAUAUCAGCGUCAAAAAAACCAAACCCAUACUCGGUAUCGCUAUCGAGGGUGGUGCUAACACGAAGCAUCCGCUGCCCAGGAUAAUAAAUAUCCAUGAGCAUGGAGCGGCUUAUGAAGCUGGCGGACUAGAAGUGGGUCAACUCAUCCUGGCUGUGGACGGACACCGCGUGGAAGGCAUGCAGCACCAGGAUGUGGCGCGGCUAAUAGCGGAGUCCUUCGCACAAAGAGAUAAGCCGGAAAUCGAGUUCCUUGUGGUGGAGGCGAAAAAAUCAAACCUGGAACCAAAGCCAACCGCGCUUAUUUUCCUGGAGGCCUAACAUCUACUCUCCCUCCCCGCCAGCGACCCACCGGCCGCGCUGGGCAGCGCGAUGCCGGGGGUCGACCUCACCGCGCACACCACGGAAUAGCCAACUCCAACCUGCGCUGCCACAUGCUCUUCUGAACGCGUUCAUCAGGCCGACGGCCGCGUCACUGCUCUCCGACUAGCUCCAGUCAUAUGCAUCCACAGCUAUUGAUCUAAAUAGAUGUUGCCACGCAAGGUACAUGCAAGUCAAUGUCUACUCUAAAUAACCUCAAAAAAUCAUACUUGAAAAUAUUUUUUUUAAUUUGACAGUUAAUAUUUGUGAAAAGAUUUGAUGCGAUUGAUUAUCAAUAAAUAGUUUAUGUAAAAAAAUAAUAUGGUUCGCUUAGUUUUCGUAUUCAUUGAGGUAGCUACAUGUGGCGUCUAUUUCCUUCUAUGUCUGUGGUUACCACACGUGGACAUUUGCGAAAACCGAAUAUUUCGUACAAAAAUAACUGUUUCGCAUAACAUUACAUAAUCAGAUUGUAUAAUGUGACGCGAACGCGGACUACUCAAGAAUUGAAAUCUGUACGUGUUAUGCAGAUACAAAAUGUCUUUUUAAAAGUCAAACACAAGAUAAUACUGCGUAAUUUAAUAGUAUGGUUUCGAUUUUGUGGUUUUCGUACAUAUCCGCGUGGGUUGUGGCGAUGUAACUUGGAUAUCCUCUUGUUCUAUCCCUCGGAGAAAGUGUGGUGUAGCGGCUCCAAAAACGGUCAGCGGAGGCGCGUCUCGCUCUACAGAGAAAGAACCACUGUGUAGAUGACGAAUACUGACGUACGAAAUAUAGUAACCUGACGUUGCAACUGGCUAACAUGAGAAUAAACUGGCGAUACGAUGCAGGUAAAAUAGUAGGCUAUACAAAAUUAAUGGCACAAGGGAGGCAAAUUUUUUACAUCUCGACGAAUUGUCCAGUAUAUUAAAACAUUAGUUACGAUGCAAACUGCCCGUGCGGCUCGAAAGACUUUCUUAAAAAUACGUCCCAAUUUUCUAACGGGAUAUUUCGGGUAGUCUGGACGACAGUUUUGUAAAUUGUUUUCUAGAAGGUAGAGAUUAAACCAAAUUUUAACAGUAGUCAGCGACUGAAUUUUAUAAUGAAACUCUCCUACUUUUACCAAUUAAUAUAAGUUCAUUUUAAAAAUCACGUCUUACGGUAACGUUUCAGGUAGUCUCGAUCAAAUCAAAUCCGUAACUAAUUUUAAUAGAACUAGAGUUGUAAAGAAAUGACGAUAACAUAGAUCUUACGAUGUUCAUUUUCAAUACGAGUCGUGCUAAUAUUUGAUUGGCAUUGGUGCUAUGGAAAGAGAUCAUAUAAUUCAGUAAAGAUUCGAUUGACAGUUCAUAUUCCCAUCCGUAGUGUUCACUAGCGUACGAUUAGUGCUUGUUAUCAGCGCGUUCCUUAGCAGCCCAUGCGAGGAGUUCAUCCGCGAGAGUCAUCCAUGUGCCAUCAACGUUGCAUUGGGAGGGUUCGUCGACCGAGUACUACGUACAGUCGCGUCAUCUCAUCCCACAUCGUCGCCGUCGUUAUGUCGGUGGUAGAUAGUGCAAAAUUAGUAGCGCCCCAUCAUUCUCAUCAGUAGAGCAGAGCUUGCAGCACGCGACGCGCUCCUAAGCAAGCUGUAUUUGAAACAUCAUUCAAUUUUGAUAUUUGUUUUUAUUAACAAUUAUUUAAGACAUAUUUUACUUUAAACAAUGUUAUUAAAUUUUAUUUGUUAAUAUUCUCUUAUAUAGCCGUACUGCACGUGCAUGCCAAUAGAACGCAAAUCGGCAGACGAAUGUAUCAAAAUUUUUUUGUAAUGAUUGAGUUCCUAGAUAAUUUAUAUAGUGUUUUGCAUUUUAAUGUAGAUUUAAAGUAAAUUGUAUUUCAUUUAUGUUAAUAAAUAUUUAUGUUACAUUCAUUAUAAAGAUUAGCAAUUGUAAAUUGCACAUUUAUUUCAGUUUGCUUAGCGAUGCUACAUAAAUGGCGCGUCACAUGUCAUUCCAUCAGGUAGAUAAGCGGUGAGUUUACGAAAUUAUGGCGGAGAGGGAUCUUAGCCCACUCUUUUAUUUAUAUACAUACGUAGAUAUUAAGUGAAUGUGUGCAAUAUAAUCAAAUAUUUUGUUAGAUGUUAGAAUCAAUAAACAAUAUUAACGUCGAUAUUCUAGAUCAUCGUGCGACGUUGCAAGUUGUAUACAUACAGUGGGUUGCCAAAUUAAUAGGGACAGUCACAUUUUUUAUAAUUUUUGUUCCUCAAGUGCCCCUGAUUGCGUUUUUAAGUGGUAUAAGUGUGUUUGAAAUAUGUUUUUAUGUUAUCAGUAUCUCUGUAACUCAAAUUUAAAGUGAAUUUCGAGUGCUGAGAGAUUUAUUUAUUUUGUAAAUAUAUUUUAAUAACGAGAGAGACACACAGUCGUCCACACGUGUAAAAGUGAAACACGUAAAUAAUUCUUUUGAACAGUUCAUUUGUGGUUUUGUGAAAUAAUUAUUAUCUGCAAGUAAGUACUAUUUUACUAUUAUUAAAAUUAAAGUAUUUUGAGGCAGAUUUUAGAACAAUUUUUAUUUUUAUAUAUUUUUACAGCUUUGGCUAUGGGUCGAGGGGUAGAUUUGUCUCCGAGAAAAAAAUCUGAGAUUAAAACCCUUCUCCUAACCACAAGUCAUUCUCAAAGAAAGAUAGCAGAACUGGCCGGCGUAUCUAAGUCUGCUGUCAAUAAAAUAAAGGUCAAUUUAGACCAGAAUCGGCCAUUUUCGCCCAAAAGAAAAGGCAAAUGUGGCAGAAAACGUAUCACAACAGCACGUUCUGAUAG